UUGUACAGUCUUUGUAAAAGAGUUAUAAAAGUCAACUUCCUUUUCCCAAGGGAGUGUGUCCUUUGCCAUUGGCAGAUCUUGCGUCGUUGGGCGGAGGAGGGUGUGGGAGACAGGGGUACUAAAGGCAAGGGGGCUCUUUGGGGUGGGGUAUUGGAAGGAGCUCAACUUCACCCGAACUCCGAGCACAAUUAAGAAUUGUGGUCGUUAGAGUUACUCCAAAAUUCAACAUUUGCUGGGGAGUUGUAUUUUUGGCUUGUGAUAAGCCACCAUCGCAGAAGAUUCACCUGUUCUGACCUGACUGCUCCGUGCCAUGUCAUCCAAGACGAAGCACCUGAACUGGUCCGAUGGGAACAUCCGUGGUCGGCUCGCCGAAGUCGACCUUACGGAUCCGUCCAGACUUCCACGGGAUUCAAGAAGUUGGCUGAACUCCUCCACUCAUCUGCACACCUACACAGCCUCCACGGGGGUGGUCGCAGCAGGCCAGUACGGGCACACGGCUAUGUCUGUAUCCUUGGAUCCUAUGUCUGGGAAUACGGUGAGCGAGAAGGCGUUUGGCAUGACCGCCACAGACCUGUCCGGAGGUCAUGGGGACACUAGCAAGCCGCUGAAUGGACCUCAGAAGCACAGGCGCGUGGCAGCAAACGCCAGGGAGCGCAGGAGGAUGCACGGGCUUAACCGUGCGUUCGACAAACUCAGGAGUGUCAUACCGUCUCUUGAAAACGAGAGAAAGUUAUCCAAAUACGACACGCUCCAAAUGGCACAGAUUUACAUCGCCGAGUUGUCUGAGUUGUUGGACGGUAUCGGGCAAUCGGAGUGUCGAGGACCCAAAAGUACAUGCAUGCCCCAGGACAGCCUGAGACGAGAGACAACGCUUCAGACAUUUUCACCUGACAGUCUGGUGCGCACGGGCCUCGUUUACGCAGUGGAGCCUAGUCCAUCCAGCGUGCACCUGAUGGGACACGCAGGGGACGGCGAGGACGCAGUCGGGCACUUGCUCAUACUGUCAACGUCCAAAUCAGAUUUUACGAAGGACAAAAAUGAGUGUGCCGGAUCCAACGGCAGCGAUGGGGAGUCUUCACACCUAAGUGAUGCAGAGGACGGUCACGCCACUGCUCACUGACGAAAAAAAUAUUCUGUCAUUCCAGUGGACUGUAUCAAUGCAAGACUGCACACAUAAAACAUAGCAACUGCUAAGAAAAAUGACGACACUGUCUGUUUUAGGAGACAAAUUAAACCAAAUAGAUGCUAUAGAGAUUUUACAAUAGUGAACAAUAUCUCAAAAUCCUCUGUCCAUGUACUAUAUGAAAAAGGUGUGCAAAUCUUGCACAUUCUUUGCAUUAUCUGGAUUUUAGUAUAAAGACAUUUUAUGUACAGUAUAAGCAGGCCCUUUAGUUGCACUUUAUUGCUUCCACUUUAGUCCAGACCUUAGUAAUGUCUUCACAAAGUUUGCCUAAUGUUGUC